UAAUAGGUUAGUGGCAUUACAUAAUUCUAUUACUAGUAUCAUAUCAUAUGUUUUUGAGGGGAAUAACAUUUUGGUGUGCUAUGUUGAGUCAUGGGUGUGUGCAAGUAGAAAAAGUAAGUGGAACACUGACCUAAAUGAUAUGUUAAUAAUAUGGAGAAGGCAACCUAAGAUCCAACACUUCAUCAAUGAUAUCACCAACCCAUAUGGAUUAAAAAUAAAAUUAGAGUAGGAAAGUGCUACUGGUGUGCAUUUCCUGGAUGUGUUGUUCACACUAAUAGGAGAGGCUAUCACUACAAAUAUUUAUAGAAAACCAACUUAUAAUUUGCUAUUUAUACUGCAGAUGUCCUAUGACCUGAUUAGCUAUAAACUGGCAUCAUUCAGGGCUCUUAUCAGAAGAGUUCUUGAACUGUACAAAUGUGCAAGACAGAAUACAGGAGUGUGAAUACAUUAAAACAAUUAGACACCAAUUCAGAUUCAAACUUCAAACCACAGAAAAAAAUAUGAUAAAGAGUUUCACAUUAGAUUAAAAAAAAAAAGAGUUCAUACUUUUAUAUCAGAAAAAUUGGUAUUCUAAAGAUCUUCAAAACCUUCAAAGUUUAUUUACAUAUUAGUAAUAAUUGUUAUUUAGUCAUGUUGUUAUCCAUAUACAGUUGAGUCCACAUAAGUCAUCAUAGGUAUAACUAGACACUGUCAGUUAAGUAGUCAGUUUUCUGUGGUCCCAGCCAAUUUAUAUAGGCAUUAAUUUUAAAAAACUCUGGUUUAUUCAACAGUGUUUAACUCAUCACCACUGGAUAAAUCGACAUACUUUUUCUGUCCCACAAUUGUUUAGACCUAUGGUUCUCAAUCUGUGGUCCAUGCUUCAUGAAGCCACUUCAAGUGUUUCAUGAAAAAAAUCAAAUAUACAAUUAAAAAUUGUUGUAAAAGAAAAAUCAAUACAAUGUAAAAUAAUUUUUGUAUGGGAAUGUAAUCAGCAAAUGCCAAUGAUGUCAUAUACUAACCUAGUAUGCUCUUGAUAUCAAAAAGGUUUGUCACCCCUGCUUUAAAGCUGAUAUUGUAAGUGUUCUGCGGAAAAAAAUGUCAAAGUUUAGUGUUCCCCGACUUCAAAAAGAUUGAAAACCACAGGUUUAGACGUCUGAUAAGUUGAUUCUCCUCCUGAAAAAUGUGAGUUCACACCACACAGCUUAACAUCACAGCAGAAUCAGAUUUUGCAUUUUCUCGCCUUUCAUUCAUGUGUUAUUUGCAGCAAGUGUUUAACAUUUCUGUUAGAAAUGAGUAUCCAAAACCUAACAAUGCUUAAGCUGAAGAAAAAAUACAAACUUGUAUCUGAAUUUUAAUGUAAUAAAACUUUGCAAGCCAAAUUUACAAAAACAAGAAAACCUUCCAAGAACAACAUUGAUGGGAAUUCUGAAGGAAAAAGAGGAAAUUAAGAAACUUUUUCUAGGGUCUUCAUUGCAGCUGUCUUGAAAAUGCCAGAGAAAGUUGCCAUGCAAAGAUGUCAAAGAUGCUCUGGUACAUUGGCUAAAGAAAAUUCAUUCAUCAAAUCUUCCUGUUUUGGGGCCUGAAACAAAAAGCAAUGGAAAUCACUGAGGUACUUGGAGUAGAAACCAACUUUAGUGCCAGUGAUGGAUGGUCAGAGAGAUACAUUGCAUGUACUGUAUAAAGCACUACUGUAUUUUCCUAAUUGUAGUUUUGUGGUUUUUUUCAAUUUUGUUUUAGUCAUUAUAUUGGAUAACUCAACAUAUUUCCACUUUUCCUUGGGGUGUCAACUUAUGCAGACUCGACUGUAUACAUUCUUAAUUAUAAUAUCAACAAUAUCAUUCAUAUUUACAUUGCAGAAUGGAUGUUCAGUCAGAUUUUUAAAUCCUCAAACAUACAGUAAGAAAAUUUGGAAACUGAAUUCUGUUCUUCAAGAUCACUUUGGAAGUUUUGUCGGUGCAAAUGUUUAUUUAACACCACCAGGAUCUCAAGGAUUUGCUCCACAUUAUGAUGACAUUGAAGCAUUUAUUCUUCAAUUGGAAGGAAAGAAAGAAUGGAAACUCUAUAAUCCAAGAAAUGCUAAUGAAACUCUUCCAAGAUAUUCCAGUGCAAACUUUACUCAAGAAGAAAUUGGUGAACCUAUUUUAACAGUUGAACUUCUGCCUGGUGAUCUUCUUUAUUUUCCUCGUGGAAUAAUUCACCAAGCCAAAACUUCAAAAGAUAGUCAUUCUCUUCAUGUCACAUUAUCAACGUUUCAAAAAAAUACAUGGGGAGAUUUUUUACUAAAGUGCAUUCCUAGAGCAUUAGAAAUAGCAGUAGAAGAAGAUAUUGAAUUUCGAAAAUCUUUGCCUUUAGAUUAUGCAAAAUAUAUGGGUGUAUCUAAUGCUGAUAAUGAUAUUGAAAAACACCAAGCUUUUGAACAAAAAGUAAAAGAACUAACCAUCAGACUUACAGAAUAUCUUCCUAUUGAUGCUGCAGUUGAUCAAAAAGUUAAAGAUUUUCUCCACGAAGCAUUACCACCUUUUAUUAAAUCAGAUGACAAGUUACAUAGUGUUCAUAAUGAACAACAUGAAAAUGAAGUGUUAAUAAUGCCCACCAGUAUAAUAAGAAUUAUCCAUCCAACCUGUAUUAGAUUAGUUGUGGAAGAAACAAUCAAAUUAUACUACUCUUUAGAGAAUACAAAAUUAUACCUUGAAAUUGAAUCACAAUAUAUUAAUGUUAGUGAAGAGCAGGCUUUUGCAAUUGAAAGUUUAAUUCAUUCAUAUCCACAAUUUAUAAGUGUUAAGGACUUAAAAUUAUCAACAUUAGAAGAAAAAAUUAACUUGGCAAAUCUAUUAUAUGAUAAAGGAAUCAUUGUCAUCAAGUAAACUUUUUAUAAAUGCAGAAAAUAUAGAAAAUGAGUAUGUCAAUUGUCUAGAAUUUUUGAAAAAACUUUUAAUGUAUUUUUCUGUUAUAAACAUU